CUUCGCCAUGGUUACAUAACAUGACAACAGCUCAACUUCCGGCAAGUCAGAUUUUGCGACACGUCGUCGGACUUUGCGACACGUCGUCGGACUUUGCGACAGCUCGUCAGCAGAAGUGGCCGGCGUCAGAGCAGAGCAGAGCAGAGCAGCAGACUGAUGGCUCCCGUCGACCAGCAACAACUACACUACACACUGUUCUAAUCUUACUGCAGCGUUAGUGGAGUGGUGCUAUGUCUUCAGGAAUGACUGGACACACACCGUGCCUAACCAGCCGAUGGGACAAGACAACCCUACCUAAACAGAGUGUAGAUGUGAGGCAACAGAGGAGUAGUGAAAAUGCAGCCCACUCAUUAUCAGGAGUCGUCAGUACUGCUGGUUCAGAAGGCACAGUUUCCCAGCCGGCACAGACAGGAGAGAAGCCAGCGCCUCAGGGAGGAGUUGAAAUGGCUGCGGCCAUGGCUGCUAAAAUAAAUGCCAUGUUAAUGGCAAAAGGAAAGCUGUUGACUCCUCCACCAUUACUUGCAAAGACCCCUCCAAGUGUGCCUGUGUCAAACACUACAGAAGAAAUGGUGAUCACAGAGGUUGACAUAAACGAUGUACCGAUAAAUUGCAGGGACCUUCUUACUAAAGGCAAAACACAGGAGGAGAUCCGACAGUUUAGUGGAGCAGUCGUCUCAACGAAAGGUCAUUACAUGGCUGAAGCCGAAAAGGGAAAAGCAGGACAAAGACCUUUGUAUUUGCAUGUCCAGGGAAAGAACCAAGAGCAGGUCAAUAAGGCUGUGCUGAGAAUAAAGGAGAUCAUCUCUGAGGACCUGUUGAGGGCCUCAGCAGCAUCAGGAGGAAAGCUGCCUGUAAUGCCUCCACUCACAAUCUACCCUCAGCCUCCUCGCCCCGUCAAUACUACACCCCAGCCACGGAUGUCCAACACCAACUCAGUGCCAGGACAUCGGCCUGCAGCUCCUCAUUCAGGGAGUUUUGUUCACACAAAGAUUUUUGUGGGUCUGGAUCAGUCGUUGCCCUCGUUCAACGUGAAUGAAAAGGUCGAGGGUCCGGGAGGUUCGUACCUGAGUCACAUCCAGACAGAGACGGGGGCUCGAGUCUUUCUCAGGGGAAAAGGGUCUGGCUACAUUGAACAAGCAUCAAAACGAGAGUCUUUUGAGCCUCUUUAUGUCUACAUCAGCCACCCAAAUUCAACUGGAUUGGAGUCAGCAAAGAAACUCACAGAGAGUCUGCUGGAAACUGUGAGAGAGGAAAGUGCCCGUAUGGUGACGAUGUACACAGCCACCGGCUCAACACAACCAUACGCAGCACAUGGAUUUCCACCUAAUAGCAAUUACUCUAGCCAGGGGUCCUGGUAUAACUACCCAGCAAAUGGGUAUGCUGGCGGCUAUUCAGCGUACUCAGGAGCCAGUGGUUAUUGGAGUAAUGCAAAUGGUCCCCCAAGUCAUUCUAACAUGUCGACAAACCCUCCAUCUUCUCAGGCAAUGGUUCAGUAUCCGGUGUGUCCUAGGAAACCGCAUCCCUAUCUCGUCGAGGAUCCUGGCAGCAGUGAGACAGUGGAGCCCGAAGGAUCUUUAAACAGCCCCCCUGACUCAGGAAGUCCCAGACGUCAUUUCCAGGAGGGGGUUAAGGAAGAACAGCCUCCCAGCAGAUCUCCAGAGGCUGCUCACCAAGAGUCUGCACUUCCUGCCCCCAGUGUUGGAGAGGAGAAAGUAGUAGAAAGGAUUCUGAUGCCUCCACCGCCACCCUUCUUUGUGGCUCCUGCCCCUGUUGCACGUAAAAGGCCGAGAGACGCAGUGACAGAAGAGCCCGUAUGUCUGCCCGGCAACGCCGCGUCAAUGGGUGUUCAAGAGGAGGUGUACGAGAAGAAGUCUAAAGUGGAUGAAGAUGCAUCAGGCCUGGUGCCCUACGGAGGAGACUCCUCCGAUGAAGAGGAGGAGAGGACACGCAGCAGUAAGACAGAUUACUCAUAACCCCUGCCCCAUCCCCACAGUCCAGGAUACCCACAGACCCAAAGUCUACUUUCAGUAUAUCAACACAGUUCACAAACCCCAUAAAAGGAAAAAUCCACCCUCACAUUCUCAUACACUGUUUUAGAACUAUACCAGUGUUUUACCCCAUUUACUACAGAGAAAGAAGACAUUAUCGCUGCCCACUUUCCAAGCAAAAUUUGAAAUGUUUCCUUUACAUCGAAACAGACAUCGUUCCAUCUCCAUAUGGCACUCGGGGACACUUGUUUGAAAAUCCUGGUACCACUUUAUGUACUGACAUCCAUUUUAGGACAAAGCUUCAUACACUGUCAGAUUGACAAUCGUUAUAUAGCAUUAAUGUAAAGUACAGAUGAUUAGUAGAAGUAAGCAGGCUGAAGAUGCAAAAAACACUGGUAUGGUCUUUGAAUUAUCACCCAUUUCUGAUGUUUGGUGCUUUCCUGGACUCUUGAGGAAGAAAGGUUUUUAUUUUCUUGUCCUUUGCAUUGUGUUCUUCUGUUUUAGUUAUUUUUUGUUUUAAGUUUUCUCCCAGAAUGCCUUUCUGUGACCCCUCACACAAUGGGUGUGAACCUGAUGAUUGGUAGUCAAAGGUGCCCACCUAUAUAGCAACUGUAAAUAUCGAUAGCCCGGCUAGUUCUUUGUCAUUAUGUUUGUUGCCACAUGACUUAAAAUGCAGCACAUCUUGUGGCUUCAUGCUCAUUAGGGAAUUUCGAGGUUAUAGUUUUAGAAAAUACAAAUUUUUUUUUCCCUUUUUAUUACUGUUUUGAUGGAAGCCUUUCUUUUUUACUAUUAAGGGUCUGACUCUAAAAACAUGCACUUACGAAUCUCUUAAAUACAGAGAUAUUUUUCUGUUGACAAAUAUGAUAUUAAACAAAAUAUUCACUUUUAACAGUGGAAGUAUUCAGGGUGGAUUCUUCCUUUUUUUUAAGAUGUGAAUGCAAUUGUAUAAUAACUACAAAUGGAUUUUUAUUUCUUAAAACAAUUGUUUCAUUUUUUUCAAAGCAUCUUUUUGUUAAUCGAAUACAAGCCCCUUAUUUCCUUUUUUGAAUUUAAAUACUUGGUCGGCUGCAGUUACUGAUGCUAUAAAUACAUAUUGUAAAAUUCAGUGAAACUUUUUUCUUAUAUUGGAAAAUGGUGUAUGCCUGUUCCCAUGGAAUACUAUAAUAAAAACACCUGAAAAACA